AUGGCAUAUAACCUCGUUGAUCCUGUGUCAAACAAGACACUCAUCGCGUUGAUAGCACUGAUCACCCAUUAUAUUGUUCACCGUGGCGAGUGGGAUAACACCUUCCAUAUAGUCAUCGGCAUUUGGGUCAUCCUUUUUGGAAGUGUUGCAUGUUUCGAAUAUAUAGCCGCUACGAGUACCAGGAAUGUGAGCAUUGCAAUACAGCUCGCAGCAAGGACAGCUUCCCUCUAUUUCGCUAUCCUGGUGGUCAGUAUACUGCUACAUAGAGGGCUGUAUCAUCGCUUGCGAAAGAUCCCUGGGCCUUUUUUUGCACGAUUCUCGAAGUCGUACGGCAUUAUCGCUGGUGUUCUUUCUACCAAUUUUCAAUACUUCAAAUGGCUUGAGUCUUUACACAAACACUAUGGAGUGGACGUCAUCAGAACUGGUCCUCGGGAGGUCACUAUCUACUGUGCAGAUGCAAUUGCUUUGGUCCAUGGACCCACUUCCAAGUGCAGCAAAAGUACUAUUUACUCAACCACAGGGGAAGUUGCAGGCCGGGCUCUUCACUUCACGACGAACAAGGACGAACACCGACAAAGGCGCAAGGUCUGGGACCGUGCGUUCAAUGCUAAAGCCCUCCGCGAGUACGAGCCUCGUUUGAACCGGCAUGCACUUGCUCUCAUAUCGAGACUCAAAGGGCAAGCCACAUUUCCCUCAGUGCGAAUUACAAACUGGGUAAACUUCUACAGCUUUGAUGUAAUGGGCGAUAUCGGCUUCAACCGCAGCUUUGGCAUGGUGGAGUCGGGUGAAGAAGCUCAUGUCAUUAAGCUGUUGCACGAUAGUCAGGCACCAUUGAGUGUUCUUGCACAUAUUAGUUGGGCUAUGCGCCUCAUCGCACGAACACCAAUUGGAUCCCAGCCUCUCUUUGAGCACAUGGACUGGAGCGCUAAAGUUCUUGAAGAGCGAAAGAAGAAUACUCCUAAAGAGAAAGACGUCUUCUCUUGUUUGUUAAACCCGAAUGAGGACCAGAUAACCCCUGAAAUGAACGCUGACUCACGACUUCUUAUCAUAGCUGGCAGUGAUACUGUCUCUGCGACGCUAUCUUACCUGUUGUAUGAGUUGUGCAAGAAUCUCACAGUUCAAGCCAAACUUCGCGCUGCUAUUGAUACGGUUAAACCGGAGAAAGCGCAUCUCGACGUCGAAGAUGUUGCGGAAUGUGCAUAUUUAGAUGGGGUUAUCAACGAGACUUUACGCCUCCACCCUGCUACUCCAUCUGGCCCUCAGCGUGAGACGCCGCCCGAAGGUCUCACCCUACCUGACAGCACGUACAUACCUGGCAAGGUCAACGUCUGGAUUCCUAUCUAUAGUUUGCAACGCGAUCCACGCUACUGGAUGGAUCCUCUUUCCUUCAUGCCUGAGCGAUGGACCGAUGAGAGGCCCGGUGCCACUAUUGAGAAACGCGCUUUUCUACCCUUCCUUACUGGACCUUACAACUGCAUCGGCCAGAAGCUGGCCAUGAUGGAGUUGCGUAGUGUUACGGCUAAUUUGGUUCGAUCAUUCGAAAUCACCUUUGCGGAUGGUGAAAAUGGAAGCACUAUCGAGAACAAGAGUCGAGACUGCUUUACGAUGACUGUAGGAAAGUUGGAUGUCAGAAUCAAGCCACGGUAUGAAGAUUAG